AUGACAUUGCAAGUCGAGAAAGAAACACAGUUUAUCUGUGUCACGCUUGAACGAGCCUUCAAUAACUGGCUGUGCUUGGAUCUUGCAGGGAUUCAGUUCCGCCUUCCUACUUCCUGCAGUGUGGACCGUGCUCAGCCACCACCAGCGGUGUCGUACCCUUCUAGUUACAAGAAGACUCCCCCUCCUGUGCCCCCGCGUGCCACCACCAAGCCUCUUAUCUCUGUGACAGCCCAGAGCAGUACCGAGUCUACCCAAGAUGCCUACCAGGAAGGAAGGCAAGCACGAGGCGGUCUGUGGACCACUGACAGCCUCGGACGUCCCAUCUACAGUUCCACAGACAGCUUGGACAGCGGCAAGGCGGUUACGAUGGCCAUGGAGUCUGCGGCGGCCAAGAGGCACGCGUCUUUGGGCAGCCACAGUUCCAUCCAGACAUGCGACAAAGCAGUACUGGUAUCGAAGGCGGAAGAGUACCUCAAAACCCCUCGAUCCUCUAUUGGGAUACAGGUGGAAACUGUGACGGACUCUGAGACUGAAGGUAAAGGCCUUCCUCAAUUCCACUCCAUAGGCAUCCAGGUGGAGGAUCAUAAACGGCAAGGACGGAUCAAGCGCUCCAACAGCGUUACUACCGCAGUGCAAGCCGACAUGGAGCUGGAGGGCUUCCCGUCCAUGGAAGACAAGGGUCUGCAGUUCGGUGGCGCUUUUGGACGCCACUCUGAACCCAGCACCCCCACGCAGUACGGGGCGAUCCGCACGGUGCGCACACAGGGCCUGUUCAGCUACAGGGAGGACUACCGGCCCUCCAGCGGGACAACCAGCCCGCAGCCUGAGGCCUGGCUGGCCGAACCCAGCCUGGAGGCCACCCAGACGGGCCGAGUGUCUCCGCUUCGCAGGGACGGUGGCUGGUUCAUGCAGCUUCUUCACAAUGAAACCAAAAGGCUGGAGGGAUGGUGCAAAGAGAUGGAAAGGGAGGCAGAGGAGCACGACCUGUCCGAGGAGAUUCUCGGGAAAAUCCGGAGUGCCGUGGGGAGCGCUCAGCUGCUCAUGUCCCAAAAGUUUCAGCAGUUUUACUGGCUGUGUCAGCAAAAUCUGGACCCCAGCGCCAUGCCCAGACCCACUUCUCAGGACCUGGCUGGAUUCUGGGACCUCUUGCAGCUUUCUAUUGACGACGUCACUGCAAAGUUUGAUGAGCUGCAGCAGAUCAAAAGCAACCAGUGGCGGAUGGUGGAGAGUCCCGAAAAGAAGGAGCGAAAGUGGAUCCCUCCUCUUACCAAGAGGCCUGCCAGGGGGCGUGGCGGCAUAAUGCGGGAACGAUCCCUGGACCUCCAGGACCGCCAGAGGCACGAGGCGCGCAGGCGGCUGAUGGCGGCCAAGCGAGCGGCGUCGUUCAGACAGAACUCAGCCACGGAGCGGGCCGACAGCAUCGAGAUCUACAUCCCGGAAGCUCAGACGAGGCUUUGAGGUCCACGGAUUCAUCCCUAAAAUCUCCUCGUUCACCGUCUUUGUCCAACACCAGUUUCGCAGCUACCAUCUACCACUUUAUGAUGUAUGUUACACAUCACUCUACCACCUUAUUCAUGGGGGAGUAGGGCUUGCAGGAAGAUUUCUACAACAAUAUGCAACCUGUUACCCCUUCAGUUUCCAUUUGCACAUGAGGAAAUACCGAGAGCAGGGGUGUCCAAACUUAGUCCACUGAGGGCCUCACACUGAAAAAUCAAAGCAUGCGGGGGCCAUUUUGAUAUUUUCCUUAUUUCAAAACCAGUAAAAUAUAUAGUUUUUUGUAACCUUUAGGGCUCCUCUCACGUUUGGUCCCAGGGACCUAAUAUGGGUCUCAGUCAGAAAAAUGUUAAAAACAAGUCAUAUAUAAUUUUACCUUUUUUUUAUUCAAGGCUUAAAUCUCUAGAUCAACUUCAGGUCUAUCUGUCAUUAUAAAAAAAAAGUUUUAUGUUUUAAGCCCUGUUUGUCAAAACACAGUUUUUUAUGGCAAAUACACAAUAUAUGCAAUAUUUUCUCCCUCCAAAAUUUCAGAGAUUAAUAUUUGAUGUGAAGUAAUUGGAGCCUUAAAUUAGUCAAUAAUUCAUAACAACGUUGAUUUUUAAUUUAUUAUUCUUUUUUAAGCAAUUACUUGUUUUAAAUGUCACACUAAAAUAUUUGGGGAUCCAAAAUGGCCCUUAUCAUAAAAGUGUUUAAAAAAAAAGGUCACAUAUUUUUUUUAUUUUAUUUUUUUACUUUCAACGCUUAAGUCUCUAAAUCAAUUUCAGGCUUAUCCAUUAAUUAUAAGUUUGUAAUAUGUUUUUCCUGUUUGUUUUAUGCCCUUUUUGUGUUUAAAAUAAGUCAUAAAUUUUUUUUUUAUCCUAAACCGUAACUUCAGGUUUAUCCGUCGAUUUUAAAUUUGUAUUAUUGUUUUCAUGUUGCAUAACAACAUUGUUUUCAAUUCAUUAUUCAUUUUUAAGCAAUGACAUUUAAAAUAUAAAUAUAAUUGCUUAAAAAAAUAGAUAUUUUUUUAAUGUUACAUUAAAAUAUUUGGGGCUCAAAAAGGCCCUACUCAUAAUAGUGUAUAAAAAAGGUCAUCCUUUUUUUUUUUUUUUACUUAAGUCUCUCAAUCAAUUUCAGGUCUAUCCGUUGAUUGUAAGUUGUUAUUAUUUUUUUCAUGUUUGUUUUAUUCCCUUUUAUUUGUCAAAACACAGUAUUUUAUGGCAAAAACACAAAAUAAACAAUAUUUUCCUCAACAAAUUUUCAAAGAAGAAUAUUUGAUGUGAAGUAAUAGGUCAAUAUUUCAUAACACCAUUGAUUUUAAUAUGGAUAGAUGGGUUACUUUUUAAGCAAUGGCAUUAGAAAAUACAUAUAUAUAUCAUUGCUUAAAAAAUAUAUUUUUUGAAUGCCACUAAAAUAUUUGGGGCCUUACUCAUAAAAGUGUCAAACAAGGUCAUACAUGUUUUAUUUUUUGCGCUUAUCCAUCGAUUAUAAGCUUUUAUAACCUUUUCAGGUUUGUUUAUGCCCUUUUUGUCAAAAUACAUUUUUAUGCAAAAACACAAACUAUACAAUAUUUUCCCCCAAAAAAAUGUCAAAGAGGAAUAUUUGAUUUGAAGUAAUCAGAGCCUUACAUAGGUCAAUAAUUCAUAACGACAUUGAUUUUGAUUCAUUAUUAUUUUUCAAGCAAUGAUUGUUGUUUUAAAUGUCACACGUUAUUUGGGGACCCAAAAGGGUUAUAAAAGUGUUUCAAGGCUUAAGACUCAAGAUCAAAUUCAGAUCUAUCCGUCGAUUAUUAUUUUUUCACAUUUCUUUUACGCAUGCACUUUUUGUAAAAUAAAAAGUUGCUCUUUUUAUGGCAAAAACAGAAGAUAUGCAGUAUUUUACACAAAAAAUAUUUUAAAGUGGAAUUUUUGAUGUGAAUUAAUUGGAGCCUUGACUAGGUCAAUUACUCAUAACAACAUUGAUUUUGAUUCAUUAUUAAUUUUGAGCAAUGACUGCUAUAAAGAAAAAACAGCCUGCAUGGCAGCUUUGUGUUUUUAGAGUCAACAUUGCAACUUUUUCUUGGUACAUUUCACCUGCUUGUUAUUUUAUUCCACAUCUUUAUGGGUUUUAAAAAAUAUAUAUAUAUAUAUUUCUAGAAUGUAUCCGUUAAAUAUUAGUUGCGGGCCACACUUUGGACAUCCCUGACCGAAAGUAUUAAUUAAUAAUUCAUUAUGUAAUUUAGAUUUUUUUUUGUGGAAACAGUAAAAAGUUCCUCCUAAAUCAGAACAUUACUGAAAAUUCCGCACUACCACUUUAAACUUCAUCUAUCUCAAUCUAACGUCCCAAUUCAACAUUACAUAUGAUGUUGCCAUCACAGAACAUAUGAAUUUGAUUUAUGAACUAAAGAGGUUUGAGGGGGGGAAGCAUUUUGCGCCUUAUGAUAUUCAUGUUUGUAUUUCCAAGGGAAAUGUAGUUUAUGGAGCUCAUGAGAUAAUGUUGCAGUUGAAUUGCAAAGGACAGUUGUUGUUGUUUUUUCAUGUCAUUCAAUGUCGGUCAUUCAACCCCGAAAGCCUCUCUUAGUUACAAUAUUGUGAUGACUCGAUAUGAUUUACAAUCUAUUUAUUGAUGAAUUGUUGGUUGAUUUGGGGACGUCUCUACGCUGCAACAUUUAAGCUCAGUUUGAACAAAAAAAAAAGUCAUUCCAGUCAUGAUAAGACGCAAAUGACACUUUAACACUGGUCAGUUACUAUCGUAAAUGGUGCUGCUUUUUACUCUCCAACGGUUGUCCUUAAACCAGGCUUAUGUGCACACACACACACACACACACACACACACACAACCACACACACACACACUCAAGGACUUUUUAAACAGAGAUUUAUCAAUAUGGUGCCCCGUUGUCUCCGCGGUGAUGUGUGCUCGCUCGGUUGUGACUUUAGAAAGGAUCAUCUUUGCAAUGCUCUUCAGAUUUGCAUGCUACACUGAGUCCAUGUUGUUGCCGUUGCGACUGCAGAUCACUGAAUUAGUAUAAGCGGACAAGCCAGGAACGCUAGCACCAGUGUACGUUUACCGCAAUGGCUAAAACGAAUAGCAUCACUAAUAGGGCUAAGCCUGCAAGCAAAAUCAACAGUUAUUCCUUAAUGUCCCUUUAAUGUCAAAUGUUUUCCAACGGGCUGAAAAAUCAAAGGAUAUAUUUGUAUCCAAACUUUGUGUCAUUUUUAGUAUCAACAUUUCAGCUUUUUUUUUUUACUUUGCUCUAUUUUUCCUUCAUUGUACCUGCUUUGGCAGGGCAAAAUAUCGCCGGUAUGUUUAAAACAUGCUGCCCAAGGGAACCUGCAAAUUAAAAUAGUUUAAACUGGCCAAAGGAAGUUAGAGUUAAAGACCCAAUAAGUAACAGCUUGAUGUAAAAAAUAUAUAUAUAUAUCGCUGGUAUGUUUUAAUCAUGUUCCCAAGAAAACCUGCAAAGCAGAAGAAUUUAAGCUAGCCAAUGGAAGCGAGAGUUAAAGACCCAAUAUGUAACAGCUUGAUGUAAAAAAAAAAAAAAAAAAAGCGCUUAUAUGCUUUAAACAUGUUCUUAAGAGAACCUGCGAAUCAGAAUAAUUUAAUCUGACCAAAGGAAAAUAGAGUUAAAGGCCCAAUAUGUAACAGCUUGAUGUAAAUAAAUAUAAAAUAUCACUAGUAUGUUUUAAACAUGUUCCCCAAGAAAAACUGCAAAUUAAAAUAAUUCAUUCUGGCCAAAGGAAGUUAGAGUUAAAGACCCAAUAUGUAGCAGCUUGAUGUUAAAAAAAUAUAUAUAUAAUAUCGCUGGUAUGUUUUAAACAUGUUCUCAAGAGAACCUGCAAAUUAGAAUAAUUUAAUCUGGCCAAAGGAAGGAGAGUUAAAGACCUAAUAUGUAACAACUUGAUGUAAAAACAUUUUUAUAAAAUAUCGCUAGUAUGUUUUAGACUUGAUGUAAAAAAAACGUAUAAAAUAUCGCUAGUAUGUUUUAAACAUGUUAAACCUGCAAAGCAGAAAAAUUUAAGAUAGCCAAAGAAGACAGAGUUAAAGACCCAAUAUGUCACAGUAUGAUGUAAAAAAAAAAAGAAAAAUAAGAAAAAAGUGUUACAAUAAAAAAAGUAAGAAAAAAAGUGUUACAAUAAUUAGGAGGCUACACUUGUUUGUGUCUGUGUUAUGUUGCUACGGUAACCAGAGAUCUUAUAUUAGUGGACCAGCCAGGACAAUGUACAUGUUGUUUUAGCACUAUAUGGACUACAUAUGGACCACGGUGGCUAAAAUUACACAGUACCCUUCACAACUAUAGUGGAGGAACCUGACAGCGAACCCCAACAAUUAUCCCUUAAUGCCUCCUUAAUGUAGUUAACACAGAACUAUGCCCUUUUCCCCUCAUUUGAUGGGGCAAAACAUCACUGAUAUUUGGGGGGGUAUUGUACAUCAUCUUCUUUAGUGGUAUAUGAUACUGGUGGACCAGCCAGGACAACUCGCACGUGGUCCACUUUUAAUUAAUAUGGACCACAGUGGCUGAAAUGAUAUGGUACCCUUCACAACUGUAGGGGAGGAACCUGACAGCAAACCCUAGCAAUUAUCCCUUAAUGCUCCUUUAAUCUUACUUUCACAAAUGUAUGCCUUUUUCCUAUUUUGAUAAGGCAAAACAUUGCUGGUGUUUAGGUGAAAUUGUACAUAAGUGGUCUGUAAUAUUGGUAAACAUCUUGUAUUUUGUGUGAGAACUAGCGUACUGUACAUUCACCUCUGUUAAUUUAGAUAAACCCUAGUGGCUCAAAUGACAUGGUAAACAUCAUACUGUAAGUAUGGAGGGUCUGGUAGCAAAACCAGAGCAAGUAUUUCUUAUUGAUCCUUUAAUCUCAAAACAGAUGCAGGCAUUUUCCCUGAUUUUAUAAGGCAAAACAUCACUGUUAUUUUGAAGAAAUUGUACAUCAUCUUCUUUAGUGGUCUGUAAUACUAGUGGACCAGCCAGGACACCUCAUGGUGUGCUGAGAAGACGAGGCUAUUUGACAAAAUUAUUGGUGUUUGAGUCUGUGGACUUUUUCUUUCUUUAUUUCAGAAUAACAUUUGUUGUUCUCAGUCACCCUACUGGGGUUUGACUGGCUUGAGGUCAGGGUUCUGCACACCAAACUCGUCCAAGCAUGCCUUCAUGGACUGGGAUAAGACCGUCCCCAUUAUCCACACAAUUAUGUGUGUAAAUAAGAUUAUUAGGAGCUUUGUGCCAACUUCCAAAAUAUUUUUCGAGCAUUGAGAAAAUGAUUGAUGCACAAUGUUAAGAAUUCUCCAUGUUCGUGUAUGUUAUGGGGAGACUUUUAUUUUGAAACGUUUUCUUUGCCCCGUGUCACUUCCGCUUCCAGGGUCACUUGUGUUAACUUGCGGUAACUUCUUUUUCCCAAUCCUGCCUUUAAUCAGUGCACUGGUCAUUGAUGAUGUGAGUACUCUGACGUUGUAUAAGACACAUUUGUAGUAUUAAUUGCCAUUUCUAAGUUUGAGUAAUGUUUAGCGGUGUUUUCAGAACAUUAU